GAAGCUAGUUCUCUAGCCCUACUAUCCCGGGCUGGCUCUGAAAAAAAAUCCCAGGGAACCUUAGUGCCAGGGAUGUAUUAUUCUGGUAAGGGUGAAAGGAAAGAGAGAAACUCCAUGAAGAGAGAAUAGGACAUAGAUGUUCUGGGAGUGACUCCAUCUCAACUAGAUAAAGCAAUUGAAGUCCACUGAGGACAAGUGGCUUGCCCAGGCACACGUGUCUACUGUGGGUGAACUGGAACCCAGGUAUCUUCUGGAUCAGCAGGUUAUCAGCAGAGGAAACACUAAACAAAGGAGGAAGGCACUAGCAAGGAGAAUUCAGCCCUCUCAAGCACACUGCUGAAUGGAUGGCUGGGUGGAAUCGCACCCUCGUGACAGAGUUCCUCCUUACUGCAUUCACUGAGCAUCCUGAGUGGGGGCUGCCUCUCUUCCUGAUAUUUUUAAGCUUCUAUCUUGUCACUCUGCUGGGGAAUGCGGGAAUGGUCAUCCUGAUCCACAAAGAUCGUCGGCUCCACACCCCGAUGUACUUCUUCCUUGGUCACCUCUCCUUUGUGGACAUGUGCUACAUCUCUGCCAUCGUGCCUCAGCUGCUGGCUGUGCUGCUGGACCACGGCACGGCCAUCUCGCAGGCUCGCUGUGCAGCUCAGUUCUUCCUCUUCACCUUCUUUGCGUCCAUUGACUGCUACCUCCUGGCAAUCAUGGCCUAUGACCGCUAUGUGGCUGUGUGCCGACCCCUGCUUUAUGUCACCAUCAUGACGCAGAAGGCCCGCUGGGGCUUACUAGCUGGGGCUUAUGGUGCUGGUUUUGCCAGUGCCUUUGUGCGAACGGUCACAGCUUUCACACUCUCCUUUUGUGGAAACAAUGAGAUUGACUUUAUCUUCUGUGACCUCCCUCCUCUGUUAAAACUCACUUGUGGGGAAAGCUUCACUCAGGAGGUGGUCAUUAUUGUGUUUGCCAUUUUUGUCAUGCCUGCUUGUAUAUUGGUGAUCUCGGUGUCCUACCUGUUCAUCAUCGUGGCUAUCAUGCAGAUCCCCUCUGCUGGGGGUCGGGCCAAGACCUUCUCCACCUGUGCCUCCCACUUCACCGCCGUGUCGCUGUUCUUUGGCACCCUCAUCUUCAUGUACCUGCGGGAUAACUCAGGCCAGUCCUCUGGAGAGGACCGGGUGGUGUCAGUGGUCUACACAGUGGUGACCCCAAUGCUGAAUCCCCUCAUCUACAGCCUGAGGAAUAAGGAGGUAAAGGCAGCUGUUAGGAAAGCCCUGAGCACAUCAAAGCCCUAGAGGGACCCUUGUCAAAUAUGUCAUUCCUUAGUUUCUCCAUCCUUUGUUUUUCUCACGUAUCACCUACUUGGGAAGACUUCCUCAGACAGCCCUACUUGAAAUUGCACUUGGACUCCCCACCUCCAAUUUCUGGGUUAUUGUUCCAUGUAAAACUUGUCACCAUCAGAUGUACUAUGUUUUAUAUAUUUGAUAUUGUCUAAUUCCCACAACUAGAAGGCAAACCACAUGUGGGGAAGCAUUUUUAUCUGUGGAGAGUCACUGUUGUAUGUUAGUGUCUAGCAAAGCUGGCACCUAAAGACUUUCAAUAUUUGUUGAAUGAAUGAAUUAAUCUCAGGUUCCAGUGUUUGCCUCUAAGUUCCAAUUUCUUCAGCUCUCAGUUUUCUUAUCUGCCAAGUGGGUUUACCUACUUUGUAGUACUAUAUUUUGGGGAAUAUAAUUCAUGAGUGGGUAGGGGCAUAUCUGUCUUAUUCAUUAGUAUCUGUUGAAUAAAGUACAUUGCCUGGCACAACAAAUACUUGGUGAGUGGAGCAAAAACAUUGAAAGAUCACAAAGCUAUCUACAAAAGCAACUAUUCUUUUGAUCCCAGGGAUUUUUCAAGUCUCAUCAUUUAUUCUUUCUUUGUUUUCUUAUUGUUUCUGUGGUUUUUCAAUGAUGAUGAUGAUGAUGAUGAUUACACUAUAUAAACGAACAUUUUCUAGGCAGUUAUCACCUUGCAGGAAUUCUGAUGUUUGCUACAGUAAUUGUCUGAUUUAAUUCUCACCACAACCUUAUGAGAUCUGUUCAAUUAUCCCUGUUUCAUAGGCAGAUGAGGCACUUGAAUUUAGAAAGGUUGAGCAGUUUUCCCAAGGCAGCGAGCAAGGAAGUGGUAGAGAGAGGCUUCCACCCAGCCAGAGCCUGAGCGCUUAAUAGCCAUACACACAGUCUCGGGCUAUGAUCCGCUGCCCACUCUAUAUAGUCACUCAAUCUGGAGUUCAUUGUUAUUGCGCUUCUCUUAUUCUUUUACCUGAUGAAGAAAAGAUAAUAGUUCAAACCUUUAAAAAAUUCAUUUAUUUUUCAAUUACAGUUAACAUGCACUGUUAUAUUAGUUUCAGCUAUACAACAUAGUGAUGAGACAUUUAUACAUCUUAUGAUGUGAUCACCCCAAUAAGUCUAAUAAUACCUAUCUGAUAUCACACAGACUCAUUACAAUAUUAUUGACCUUAUUCCCUAUGCUAUCCUGGUACAAGUUCAAUCUUUGCAGGUAUGAGGCAGUCAUUGACGGUGACUUUAUAGCCUUUGUGUGCUUGUAUUGUGUAACAUGACAGCAUGUGUCAGUGUGUGUGUGUGUGUGUGGUUGUAUGAGAAGAUGAUGUGUGUAAGAUUAAAUAAAUGGCAGUUUCUGGGCUCUAGGAACUUUCUUUUUAAGGACAUAUGACAAAAAUUUUAGACAAGUGUUGGGUAGGCUUGUCUAGGAAAAGAUACAGGGAGAAAGCUGCACUGGUGGCCAAAGAGAUUUGGGUUCACACACCAGCUUUUGUUCUUGUUUUUACACAAAUCUUUUAAAAAGUGCAGACUGCGGGGUGUGGGGGGUGGGACAGCUAACUUUAAAGAGUGCAUCUUGGGGCCAUUUUACAAAGAUUAACUGCCAUGCAAAUGUUCCCUUAGUAUAACAUCAACUUCUGCAGCAGGUGAUAAGGGCAUUUGUGUUGUGGAAAGAGGUCAGAAUUUGGCAUCAAAUUGUAUAAUCUCUUUCUCACCAGUAUGGCUUCAGAUUGGUUAGAGACUUUCAGCCCACUUUCUCUACUGUGAAGUAAAAUGUAUAGAGCAUUUAUUCUGGGCCAGGUUUUAUAUGGAUCUCAUUUAUUCUCACAACAACUUGGUGUUCAUGGAGAAUAGGAAGGUGCUGGGAGAAAUUCUACAAACAUUAACUAGUGUUAUUAUGGCGAUUGUCUCAGGAUCCACAACAAAAUGAGCACUGAUGAACAGAGGAGCCCAUAGCUGAUCAAUGACCUAUUCACUUCUGAACUGUCUGGAACUAUCUCUCCAGGGCUGAGAUUAGCUUUGGGUCUAGAAAAUUCCAGAAGUGGAGAGUUCACUAAGAAUUUUUUAACUUAACUCUUAAACUAAUGCACACGUAAAUGAACACUUACACAAAUGCUAAGCGCUAUGCUACAAGAUUUACGUGCAUCAUUUAUUUUCGUUCUCCUAACUACUUUAAUGGAAACUAAUUAUUAUUAACCUAAUUUUGCAAAAGGAAGAAAUAAGACCCAAAGAGGUUAUGUAACUCACCAAGGUUAUUCAUCAAGAAAAUGGCAGUCCAGGGAGGGUCUGAUCGCAAAUGCCUCUAACUCCUAAGUAUGUAUUCUCUUUUUGUAAUUAAAAAAUUUAAAAGAAUUUCAAUUGUAGUUAACAUACAAUAUUGUAUUAGUUUCAGGUUUACAACAGAAUGAUAUAUAUACACCUCAUAUUUAAAUCUCUUGUAUUUAUAUUAUACAUUUGUAUACCUUAGGAAGUAAUCGCCCCAUAAAUCUAGUAAAAGUAUGUACUUUUACAUGAUAUCUGCUUUCUGCAUUUCCCCCUCUCUUAGGUCCCAGCUCUUAGUUGCAAUGUGCUUUGGAAGUAUCUGGAUUUUAGUUGAAUUUUGGUCUCAAUAUUUGGUAGGUCUGGGGUGGGGCGGUGCAUUUUAUGGCCUGAGAUAAAUGUGAAGUUGGAGGAACUUACCUUUGCCCUCGCUCUAGAUCAAUGAGGAGGAUGUGAGGGAAUUUGCGGCUCCCUCAGAAAGAGCAGGAUUGGACCUUCUGAAGCCCUUCAAGAGCAUCCACCUCUCAAGUCAUAGCUCCCUCCAAUAACCAGUUCAUCUGCGUGGUGCCUCUAAGCAGUCACCAACCUUGCCUUCAUGUGUUCUUUUUAAUUUUCAGUGAUUACCUAGGAAUUCAAGAUUCCUUUCUAAACAUUGUUAUUUCUUACCAUUAAAAAAUGUAUGCAACAUUAUUUUAUUCUAUCAUCUAUCAUCUACAAUAUAUCUAUCAUGAAAUUA